AUGUUCGCAAAAAAUCAUAUAUUCUAUUUUUUCAUAAACAUAUCCUUAGCUUUAUCGUUUCAAACGAAUACCUCCGAUUAUGACGACGAUUACGUUCCUCGUGUCAUCAACGGUUAUCCUGCAAAACUAGGUGAUGCACCCUAUCAGGUUGCCUUCAAAUCACUGAUAAGACGACCCAGACUUUACAAUACUUUUUGUGGAGGCGUCAUCAUGACACCAACAAAAUUGCUCUCCGCAGCUCACUGUUUUGUAACCAAGGGCAAUUUUUGUCAGAGAUUAAUAUAUAAGGGGGGAAUAUUAAUAUCUAUGAGGAAUAAAUAUGCUGUAGCAGGUCAUUUGAAAAAUGUAGAUUUUCGCCCCUUUAUAGACUCGAACUCCAAUGGACAGUGGAGAAGAUUGAGAGGAGCUAGCUAUCCAUCGACUUAUAAAUUCCCCAGAGAUGAUAUUGCUAUUGUGUUCAUACGUUCUCCAUUUAAUUUCAAUAACUUCGUCAACAAUAUACCUAUUGCAAGUACACUAGUUGACUACGAAGGUAAAUGCCUGGCGUCCGGAUUUGGACGAAUAUCCCAAAAGAAAUCAUCGGAUAAACUCCUUUUGGCGGAACUAGAACUAAUACCUAUGAAAGAGUGUGACAGAAGGCAUCGACAAAAUAUGAGAAAAUUCGUUUGCACGUCCAGUAUAGUGUCGGAUGUUGAUAAGGGUGAUUCUGGUGGACCCUUGGUGUGUACAAACACUGGUGAUCCAAACGAAGAGUUAGGGAAAGGAGUUCUUAUCGGUAUAGUGAGUGGACAUCGGUACGGAGCUGGCACAUUCUUUACCCGAGUCUCAUCUUAUUACAAAUAUAUUAUGGAAACCAACAAAUCGAACAGAUUGAACUCCAGAAUUAGCAUUGUUAUAUUAAUACAAACAAAAAUGUUCCUAUUUUGA